AUGGAGGACGAGCGGCGGGAAGCACGUUUACAGUCGGAAACUACCAAAAUGACGGGCGAUCGUAUCGCGAGGCUGAGACGUAGCGGUCGCAAUCGAGAAUCUCACGACGAGAUCGUGGAACUCGAGGCUGAACUGCGACGGGCGUACAUCGCGAAGGAACUUCGAGCGCAGUUCGUGGAAAGGGAGACCGUGAAGUACAUCGAGGACGUACGAAAACAACACGCUGCGAAACUGACGCGGCUCGAACAGCGGGCGGCCAUCGCGAGCGACGAUCGUCGAAGAGCCGAGGACCUUAAAAAGUCCGAGGAUUACAGAAGACAGCUCGCCGAGCAGAUCGCACGGAAAGAAGAGGAGAGAAGUAUAAUGGCGCAGGAAGAGCGCAAGGAAAGGGAAAUUUUAACUGAGGUCGAUCGGAUAAGGGAACAGUGGGAAAAGUCCAAAGCUCGAGAGUCAAAGGAAGAGCUGAUGGAGUGCGCGAGAAGGGAACGUUUGAUUCUCGAGGAAAUGAGGGAGGUCCGUCGCGACGAAGAGCAGGAAACAGAGGCGAGAAAAGUUCGCGAGGACGAGGAGUAUUGGAGGGAAGUCGAUCGACGGAACCUGGAGGCGGAGAGGCUUCGUGAACAACGAACGGAAAGCAGGGAACGAAUAAUAAGCAAAAUUGCGGGCGCGUUGAUGAAUAUCGAGACGCGCAGGCAAGAAAAGGAGACGCUGAUUGGCGAAUUGAUAGCCGAAGACGUAAAAUAUGAACUGCUGGCCAGAGAGAAAGAAGAGAUCGUUAAGAGGAGGAAGAUGAUGGAGGAACUGGCAGCUAAUUUGGAGGAACAGAUCGUUUUCACGGAACAAUGUAAAUUGCGCUACGUCGAGCAGGAUAGAACUUUCGCGGAAGAAAUCAUGAGAAAGAUUAUGGAGGACGAGAGAACCGCCAGACUGACGGCGGAGGCUAAACGAAGAAUGCAGUUGCAGUACAAGGAGGACUUGGUUCGGUUGAUCGAGAAACGACGAAAGAUACGCGAGGAGGAAAUCGUCAAUAUGAAGAUGGCUGCUGAGGCUGAAAGAGUACAAGAAAGGAUUAAUAUGGAGCGCAUUAAGGAAGAGAGGAGGCUAUUGUUGGAGAAACACGCGCCGAACGUUGUUGAUUAUCUCGAUAAAAGCGUUUUUACCGAGGAGGAGAGAGAAAUCAUUGCUAGAUCGUUGCAACGACGCAAUAACGUCUCGGAAUAA